AUGGAAUCAAAGAAGGCCACAGUGUUCCAGCUGCAUUGUCAGCUCGAGAUGCUGGGAGAGAAAAUUGUGAACUCCUUCCAUGGAGUUCCCAAGAAAGGCCACCCGGCUUACGAAGAUCUAUCCCAAAGAAAUGGGAUUCUACAAGCGAUCUUGGAUAGUGUCGCAGAAAUGGUGCAUUGUGGCCUCUGCGAGUUUAAAAUUGUCAAUUUAGAUAAUUCGAAAAUUGCUGAAGGUCGAGUGGAUCGAAUCAACAUGAUGGAAUUCUUCCAACAAAAACUUGUCAUGGAUCAUGGAUGCUCACAAACUUGA